AUGGAGGAAAGCCAUCUGAUAGGCGACGAUUUGCCGCUUCCACCUGCUCGACUUUUUGAACGCCUCAGCCAUCUGCCUGGAUAUACUUGGGAUCAGUCAGUUGAGCCAUUUCACUCGACCUACAGCCAUUGGCAUAUAUAUGGGUUUCGCCAUGCGAUUGAAUCUGACAUAUCGACCCCCAUCGCAACCUCCUCCAACCCGAUUUCCUCAGGGCCAUCUAGCCUCACUCGUUACUCACCACGAACCGAACUUCGUCCAUCCGGGCGCGUACCCCGAAGAGCUAGUGUCAGCGAAACUAGCAGUGAACUUUCGCUUUCUCGAGGUGAACAGGAACAGAUAUGGCUCCCCGUCGUUGCACGCGUCUCUACAAACGUCAUUAGGCUCGAGCGGGAGUUUCACAUGAUCAGGUCUAUCGUGCAGUCUUCUGACCCAGACUGUAACCAUACGAUAAGGCCCAUUGACUUGAUCCGACUGCCUCCAGAUCCAGGGGACGUGGGUAUGCUUCUAGUGGCGAUAUUCGAGUCUCCUGGCCACGACAGGUUACGAGACUUGGUCACAUUUGGUCCUGCGUCCUUUGUCGCUGGGGCCAAGGGUGAUAACAAUGUCACUCCCAGCGAGCAAAUCCCUUUACCGGCCUUCUUGGAUUUCGCGAUAGGUGCUUGUGACUGCUUGGAAAUUUUACACUAUGGAGUAAAGACGGUGCAUGGGGAGAUUCGCGGAGACGCGUUUCACUUCAGCGCUGAGACCGGGGCUGUGAGACUCGCCAAUGUUGGAAAUGGCGCACGAUCCUUUGACAAUGUUCUCAGUGAGGGCUGGUCCUCUGUAUCUCGUGAACUUGGGGCAAAGUACAAGCUUCAGUUUAUCGCCCCGGAACAGACUGGCAGAAUGCCCACAGAACCGGACAGUCGCACCGAUAUCUACGCUCUCGGCCUUCUCUUUUGGUCAAUGUUAGUUGGGAAGUUGCCCUUUGCAGGAGCUGACCCCGUCGAAGUUGUUCAAAACGUGUUGGGCAAGAGGUUAACUCCUGUCUCCGCGAAGCGACUAGAUGUCCCCGAUGGUCUCUCUGCCGUGGUUCAAAAAAUGACACAAAAGGUGGUCCAUGAGCGAUACCAUACGAUCUCCUCCGUCAAGAGGGACUUGAUGCAGAUCGCGCAAUUAUUGGGUGACGGGGAAAGUGAAACCUUGAACAACUUCCAAGUCGCGCAAGGCGAUGUAUCGUCCUUUUUUACCCUUCCGUCACAGAUGUUUGGGCGCCAGAAAGAGUACGAUAUGAUCUUGAACGUGAUUCAGAAAGUCAAUAAACGCCACGCUGCCGCCUUUGCCAAUGCAUUUACCCAAAGCCCGGGAACUGCGCAUGCUCUCGCCUCCAACUCUUCAAUCUCCGAAGGGCGCGUGGAUAGCUUCGAGUUCGCAUCCGUAUCCAGUGACUCCGGAUCCUUCCAUUUGCCACCAAGAACGAAUUCUAAUGCUACCAGCCACCAGCUGUCCCAAGUCAGCACCCAUGAUUCUGCAGCAAAUAGUGACGUGACAUUUCAAACCUCGAAGCAGGUGCAAACACCAACAAGCCAGGACAUGUCUUCCCAGGCAUCGCCCAUGCCCCUCUCCAGCAAAAGGAAAAGUCCAUCACAUUCUCGCUCCUCUUACAACACGGACAGAGAGAGCCACCUAUCUAUUGGCACAAACACCAACAGUCAGCCAUCUACUCAUAAUUUCAGCCAGUCUGAGUCCAUGGGUUCCCUCUCAAAAACAAAGGCUGGAGCAAAGUAUCGUCGAAGCGGGCGAUGCGAAGUCAUUACGAUUAGUGGGGCUGCAGGAAUUGGCAAGACAGAUCUUUUGAAUCGAGUCCAGCCAGUAAUCCGCAAGUCGGGCUAUAUUGCCAUCACGCGCCUAGAUCGAGCCAAGCGAGUACCUUUUGAACCAUUCGCCAAGAUUCUCGCCAGUCUUCUACGCCAGAUUUUCUCCGAGCGUGACGUGACCACAGAUUACCAUGACAGCGUGCGAGUGGCUUUGCGUCCGCUGUGGCCGACACUCCACAAAGUGCUCGAUCUUCCGGAGCAACUGAUGUCCCCGGGGUCAAAGUACAGCCCAAAUUCACCCAAAACUUCGAUUGCCCAAAAUAUCGCCAGAUCAGAUCGCGCCAAGAAUGAACGGGCAAAAAGAAUCCAAAUUCCCGGGAUAGACCAUGGCCAAACUUCUGUCGAAUUCUUUUUGUCCAACGCUGCCUCGAACAAUAUGCGGUUGAUGGACAUAUUUCUUGAGAUUCUGAGAACUCUCUGCCAGUUCAAAUUGAUGGUGGUAUGCUUGGAUGAUCUCGAAUAUGCAGACGACGAGACGUUGGAACUAGUAUUGAACAUCAUCCGCGCGAAAUUGCCCUGCGUACUUAUUCUCACGAGUCGCAAGGAUGAGAUUGCACCGGAUAAUGUCAGGUCGCUCUUUGAGGCCGAGAACUCUAACAUCACGCAAGUCGAGCUUCAACCACUUAGUGAAGCAGAGAUCAUGGAGUUUGUGGCUGCGGCAAUGCAUCAGGCACCAAACCCAACGCUGACUCCUCUUUUGGCCGUGGUUCAAGAGAAGAGCCACGGAAAUCCUUUCUACGUGAGAGUCAUGCUCGAGACAUGUUACAGGAAAAACUGCAUUUGGUAUUCUUGGAAGGAUUCUAGAUGGCUGUUCGACCUUGAUCGCAUAUUUACUGAAUUCGUGGCUCCCGUUUAUGGCGAAGGACUUGGCUUGGGCUUUCUCACCAAGCGACUUCAAGAGAUUCCACCCGCUGCUCGCUCUAUCAUGGUCUGGGGCGCUCUUUUGGGCAGCGCGUUCUCAUUCUCGCUUGUCCAAAAGCUUCUCACCAGUGAAUUCCUGUUCUCGUCUGACGACGACACAUCUGGUGAUGAUCACGAGGGAUUCGAUCUCACCUGCCCUCACAAUGUCACCUUGCUCAGACAAUCUGAGGGUGACAUUGUCGUUGGAUUGCAGUACUUGGUCCAGUCAAACCUUCUAGUCCCAGGGAAAACCGAUGAUGAGUUCAAAUUCGGAAACGACCGGCUUGCGCAGGCUACGCUUUCUUUGGGUGAGAGCCGCAAUGUGGAGAAAAUGCACUUCAUAAUCUCCCAAGCCUUGAUGAAAUAUUAUCACGACCAUCGCAGUCGCUACUCAAUGGCCCAUCACGUUGCGCUCUCGUCACGUAUCCUCAAAUCUCGCGUCCAACGCCGUAUUGACUACCGACGAAUUCUGUGGGAGGCUGGACAAACUGCCGCCCAGUCCGGGGCUCGACCAAGCGCGCUUUGGUACUUCCGCCAUUGCAUUGCACUACUUCAAGAUGACCCUUGGGAUGAUCGACAAGUUGACGUCUUCUAUGACGAGACCAUGCGCCUCUUCAUUGCAACAGCUGAAAUGUCAUGGUCCCAGGGCCAAAAUGAAGAAGCCCUCAGCUUGAUCGAGGGAGUGUUUGCUCAUGGCAAGGACGCAAUGAGCAAGUCGAGGGCUUGGGUCAUUAAAGCUAAGAUUUAUGCGCAGGUCGGGGAUCAUCAUCGGUCAAUGGAAUCUCUACUCACCUGCCUUGAUGAGCUGGGUGUCCAUCUUCGUACGCCCACAUCAUUUGAAGAAUGCGAUACUGCCUAUUUCAAACUUAAGGAGCAUCUUGAAUCUGCCGACUUGGAAGCUAUUGCUCAGAAACCCAUCAGCAAAGAUCCGAUUUUGGUCACAAUUGGAGCUGUCAUGGCCGAGGCAAUGGCUGUCACCUUCUGGGACGACUCAUUGACAUUCUAUCGCAUGGCCAUUGAAAUGAUGAAUAUCCAUAUCUCCCGCGGCGGUUUCACUCAGAUAUCCAUUGGUUGUUCGCAUCUCGCAAUGAUCUCACUCAGUCGCUUCAAAAACGAAGUCUUUGGGUUCAGGCUCAGCGACCUCUCGCUCUCCCUCCUAGAGCGCUGCCCCGAACUGUGGACUCAAAGCCGAGGGUCUAUAGUUCACAACCUCUAUGUCAGCCACCUACGCGUUCCGAUGGCGACAACACUACCUGCACUGGAAGCAUCCUUGGAGGCGUCUUUCACAAUCGGCGAUCCGUACAUCACCCUGAUCAGUAUCUCCUCAAUGGCAAUGACGAGGCUUUAUCUGGGCCAAGACAUGGCUCAACUUGAGGUAUUCUGCUUGGACACCGCCGAAAAUAUCCCGAAUUGGAUGCAGGACACCCGUGGGGGUGCCAGCAUCAUUGCAGUUCGACAAGUCGCUCGGGCUCUCCAAGGAAAGACCGAGUAUCGGACCGCAGAUAAUGUUCUGUCGGAUGAUGAGCACAGGACAAGCGAAUAUAUGGCCUACCUGGAUGCCAACGCUAGUAAUGUUGACAGACCCCGUGACAUCUACUUUGGCCUCGCUAUGAUUCCUUUGUUCUUGUAUGGUCACCACACCAAAGCGAUCCAGGUGGGCACCCGCUUGCUUGAGACAACGCACCGACUUUGGUCCGCGCGCGUCUCCUACGUGGUUUACUUCUAUCUGUCUCUCUCACUCCUGACUCUACACAAUGACUACCCUGCUCAGGGCUACCUUGACGGUAAAAUGGACACGGUCCUUAAGUACAAGGCCGAGAUUGAUUUUGCCCGAAGUUGUUCCGACGCAAACUAUGGCAUGUGGGCGCUGCUGCUUGAAGGUCUCAUUGCCGAGGUACGCAGCGACCACAGCACUGCUAUUCAGUCUUAUGAAGCUGCGAUCGACCACUGCCAGGUUCAUGGAUGGCUCCUGGAGGAGGCACUUUCCCUCGAAUUGCAGGGAGAGUUCCUUGUCCGGCGCGGAGCUAAGAGAGCGGCACGUUCUGUGAUGCAAGAGGCUAUCUCCGCAUGGAACUCCAUUAGUGCCAAUGGCAAAGCUGCCAUGGUUGCAGAGAAACACGAGUGGUUACUCAAGACAGCAACGUCCGCCAGGACUAUGGAUACUGGGUGCCAGACGGUUGAUUCACUCCUCGAAAUUACCCGCGAUGCUGUCCAGCAAGAAAUUGUCAUUCCCUCGCAAAUUGAAGAAGAGGAUAGACAUCAUCGCUGGAUAGAACAGAACGGCGUUACAACCGGCGAGAGAUCACUGGAUAUUUCAAGCGUGGGUCUCGACAUCAUUGAUCUUUCCAGUAUACUCGAGUCUAGUCAAGUCAUGUCAUCUGAGCUUCAGAUUGAGAAACUCUUCACCAAAAUGUUGGAGAUCAUCUUGGAUUCAUGUAACGGCUCGGACUUUGCCGUUAUCGCUACCGACUUCGACGAACAGGGCUUUGCAAUUGCUGCGGCAGCGGAUGCUGAGAAGGGUCAAAAGUCUUUCCCAGAAGGUCUUCCGCUCUCAGAGCUGGAAGGACGAAUGGCUCAAGAGAUCACCUACUACGUCAUGCGCACAAAGGAAGAGGUCCUUGUUCACAAUGUUCUGGAAGACGAGCGCUUUUCCAACGUGAGCGAGAGCUAUCAAGCCAAUUUCCCAUUGGGUCGAUCCGUGAUUGCUUUGCCCAUUGUUCAAGCAGAUCAACUUCUUGGUGUCAUUCAUCUCGAAGGAAAGCCCAACUGGUUCACUCAACGGAACGUCGUUGUACUGCAUCUACUCUGCAACCAGAUUGGAAUUUCAUUGUCGAACGCGUUGCUCUUCCGUGAGAUUCGCAAAGUUAGUGCCAAGAACGCCUCGAUGAUCGAAUCCCAGAAGCGGGCUCUCGCACAAGCGCGUGAGGCCGAGCAGAAAGCCAAGGUGGCGGAGGCCGAAGCUAAGCACAACGUCAAGCUGAAGGAUGAUGCUGCUCGCGCAAAGUCUAUAUUCUUGGCUAACAUUUCCCACGACUUGCGCACCCCGAUGAACGGCGUCAUUGGUCUGUCGGAGCUGCUCAAGGGUACCACCCUCGACAAAGAGCAGGACGAAUAUGUUGAAUCUAUUCGCGUUUGCGCUGACACACUACUUACGCUCAUCAAUGACAUACUUGACUUCUCCAAGUUGGAAGCUGGCAAGAUGAAGAUAUCUACGGUCCCACUCAACUUGAAGGAGACGAUUUCCGAGGUGAUCCGCGCUCUUCGUUACACUCAUCGGGAGCGAGGGCUGGAAACAAUUGAAGAUUUGGAGCGUGUGCCACCUGGAUUGGUCGUUCUUGGUGACCCAGUCCGUCUCCACCAGAUCUUCAUGAACUUGCUAAGCAAUAGCUACAAGUUCACUCCCAAAGGCUCCAUUACCGUCAAAGCAAAGGUUGCCAGAGAGGGCAAAGGCCGUGUACGCUUGGAAUGUUCUGUGUCCGAUACUGGAAUUGGUAUUCCAGACGAGCAAAAGGCGCGGCUCUUCCGGCCGUUCUCUCAAGCGGAUCCAUCCACCGAACGAUCAUAUGGUGGUAGUGGACUUGGCCUCAGCAUUUGCAAGGCCAUUAUCGAGGAUGUUCUCGGUGGUGCCAUCUGGCUGGAUUCAACCUUGGGAGUUGGAACCACCGUGACAUUCCACCUGGUCUUUAACAAGGCGCCAAAGAAAACCGCUGUAAAGACACCAUGGUCUCAGGAUCUCAGCCACGCCGAAAUCAUGGAACCUCCCCGAGCCAAAGCACGCGACCUUUCUCACAUUCCACGCGACCAAAUCCGAGUCUGUAUUGCCGAAGACAAUCCCAUCAACCAGAAGAUCGCAGUCAAGUUCGUCACCAGCCUUGGCCUUCAAUGCGAGGCAUACAGCGACGGAAAGCAAGCCGUGGAUGCCCUACGCGCAAAGUCGAAAGAGGGCAAUCCCUUCCACGUAGUCCUGAUGGAUGUCAUGAUGCCCACUCUCGAUGGUUACAACGCCACCCGUGAACUGCGGCGAGACCCAGAUCCCAACGUCAACGAAGUGCUCGUCAUCGCCAUGACCGCCAGCGCCAUUGAAGGCGAUCGAGAAAAAUGUCUCGAAGCUGGCAUGAACAACUACCUUCCUAAACCGGUGCGAUCCCCAGUUCUGAGCGAAUUGCUGGACAAUUAUCUCGCACCGGUCCCAUCCCACCCUCGCAUUCGCUUGGCGAUCCGCGAAAAGAGCUCCAGAGGCAGCAUUGGCUUUGAUGCUGGUACGCCUACCAGUUUCUCCUCGUCGGGGUCGGAUGAAGCUCAGAAGCAUCCGCCUCCGCCUACAUCGGAGCAAAAAUGA